UGCUCUCCGAUAAAUAAACAAACCAAACAGUUCUGGAGAGAGAAAUCUCAGACUUAGCACUAUAUAUCGACCGCUUCUCAAUUCUUGCUUGAUUCUCGCACUCUUCAUCUACAGGUUAUGCAUGCAGUGUUGAAGCAGUUAGGGAGCCCCUGAGUACGAGUCGAGGUGGUGAAUUUUGUUGGAUUUGGUGACUUGUUGAUUUGUUUUUAGGUUCGUUGAUGGGAAAAGGUGGACAAGAUUAUGCUAAGAGUGAAAAGUCGGGUGUUGAUAGUACGGGAGGAGGGGAUUGUUACGCGGUGUGGUCCAAAGAUGUGAGAGAGUGCGAGGAGAAGUAUCAAGUGAGCAGGGAGAGAGGAUUGUCAGAGGAUGACGUCGAAAAACGGAGGCAGAUCUAUGGGUUAAAUGAGUUGGAGAAACAUGAGGGGCCUUCGAUUUUUAGGUUGAUUCUGGAUCAGUUUAAUGACACUCUAGUCAGGAUUUUGUUGGUCGCGGCAGUGGUUUCUUUUGUAUUGGCAUGGUAUGAUGGGGAAGAAGGCGGAGAGAUGGAGAUCACAGCAUUCGUGGAGCCUUUGGUGAUAUUUUUGAUAUUGAUUGUGAAUGCCAUUGUGGGGGUUUGGCAGGAGAACAAUGCAGAGAAAGCACUGGACGCAUUGAAGGAAAUCCAGUCGGAACAUGCAACUGUUAUUCGUGAGGGCAGAAGGAUUUCUAAUUUGCCUGCAAAGGAUCUAGUUCCGGGAGACAUUGUGGAGUUGAGAGUGGGGGAUAAAGUUCCGGCAGAUAUGAGGGUUAUAAGCUUGAUCAGCUCAACCCUUCGGGUUGAACAGGGGUCGUUGACUGGUGAGAGUGAGGCAGUUAGCAAGACUAUUAAGCCUGUUGCGGAGGAUGUUGAUAUUCAGGGGAAGAAGUGUAUGGUGUUUGCUGGAACAACAGUGGUGAAUGGAAAUUGUAUUUGUUUGGUAACUCAGACUGGAAUGAAAACAGAGAUAGGGAAGGUGCAUUCACAGAUUCAUGAAGCAUCCCAGAGCGAUGAUGAUACACCUUUAAAGAAGAAGUUGAAUGAGUUUGGAGAGACUUUAACUGCAAUCAUCGGAGCAAUCUGCACUUUGGUUUGGCUGAUCAACCUGAAAUACUUCCUUUCAUGGGACUUUGUUGACGGGCGGCCAAAGAAUUUCAAGUUCUCAUUUGAGAAGUGCACUUAUUACUUUGAGAUUGCUGUAGCAUUGGCAGUUGCUGCUAUUCCAGAAGGUUUACCUGCAGUUAUCACAACUUGCUUGGCACUUGGCACACGCAAGAUGGCUGCUAAGAAUGCACUGGUUCGCAAGUUGCCUAGUGUUGAAACCCUUGGUUGCACUACUGUGAUUUGCUCUGAUAAGACUGGUACUCUGACUACCAAUCAGAUGGCAGUGACUGAGCUUGUUGCUAUGGGUUCCAAGGCAAAUGUUCUUCGAUCUUUUACUGUGCGAGGAACUACCUAUGAUCCAUUUGAUGGGGAAAUUGAAAACUGGCCUACAGGUCGGUUGGAUUCUAACCUUCAAAUGAUUGCAAAGAUUGCUGCUAUUUGCAAUGACGCUGAUGUGGGAAAAGCUGGCCAUGAUACAUCUGGACACUAUGUGGCCAAUGGAAUGCCAACUGAGGCUGCACUUAAGGUUCUGGUUGAGAAAAUGGGCCUUCCAAAUGAAUUAACUGCUGGCCCUUCUUCUGGACAUGAUGGUGUUUUAAGGUGUACCCGCAAAUGGAAUGAAAUUGAACCUCGGAUUGCCACCCUUGAGUUUGAUCGUGAUAGAAAAUCCAUGGGAGUCAUCGUGAAUUCUCGAACUGGGAAAAAAUCACUACUUGUAAAGGGUGCAGUCGAGACAUUGUUGGCAAGGAGCUCCUUUGUGCAAUUGCUUGAUGGCUCUAUUAGAGAACUAGAUGAAAGUUCAAGGAAUGCCAUAUUAAAAAGCCUUCAUGAAAUGUCGACUAGUGCAUUACGAGUUCUGGGUUUUGCAUACAGGGAUGAUCUCCUGGAAUUUGCUACAUAUAAUGGUGACGAAGACCAUCCAGCCCAUGAGCUCCUAUUGAACCCUGGGAAUUAUUCCUCAAUUGAGAACAAAUUAAUUUUUGUCGGCUUGGCUGGUUUAAGAGACCCUCCUCGGAAAGAAGUCCCUCAGGCAAUCGAGGAUUGCAGAACAGCUGGUAUUCGUGUUAUGGUAAUUACAGGAGACAACAAAGAUACAGCUGAAGCAAUUUGUCGUGAUAUUGGUGUUUUCGGACGCCAUGAAAAUAUCAGUUCUAGGAGCUUAACAGGAAAAGAUUUUAUGGAGCUCACUAGUCACGACAAAGAAAUGCAUUUAAAUCAAAGUGGAGGCCUUCUUUUCUCAAGGGCUGAACCAAGGCAUAAACAAGAAAUAGUGAGGUUGCUCAAGGAUCUUGGUGAAGUAGUCGCAAUGACUGGUGAUGGAGUGAAUGAUGCACCUGCUCUAAAAUUGGCUGAUAUUGGGAUUGCAAUGGGAAUUACUGGGACUGAGGUUGCUAAGGAGGCUUCUGACAUGGUUUUAGCAGAUGAUAACUUCAGCACAAUCGUUGCUGCUGUUGGUGAAGGCAGAUCCAUUUACAAUAACAUGAAAGCCUUCAUCAGAUACAUGAUCUCCUCAAACAUAGGUGAGGUCGCUUCAAUAUUUCUGACAGCUGCUUUAGGUAUUCCAGAGGGCCUGAUACCAGUGCAGCUUCUGUGGGUGAACUUGGUCACCGAUGGACCACCAGCUACUGCUUUGGGCUUUAAUCCACCAGACAAGGAUAUAAUGAAGAAACCACCUAGAAGGAGUGAUGACUCACUCAUCAGUCCCUGGAUUCUAUUCCGUUAUUUGGUUAUUGGAUCCUAUGUUGGUCUAGCAACUGUUGGAGUGUUCAUUAUCUGGUACACUCAAUCGUCUUUCCUUGGCAUUGACCUUAGCGAAGAUGGCCACAGCCUUGUCAAAUAUUCCCAGCUUGCCAAAUGGGGACAAUGCCAAACCUGGCAGAAUUUUUCCGCUUCACCUUUCACAGCUGGGGAUCAAGUGUUCAAGUUCGACAAUCCAUGUGACUACUUCCAGACGGGAAAAAUCAAGGCUAUGACGCUCUCCCUCUCUGUGCUUGUCGCCAUUGAGAUGUUCAAUUCACUCAAUGCUUUAUCUGAGGAUGGAAGCCUCUUAUCAAUGCCCCCCUGGGCAAACCUGUGGCUUCUUUUGGCAAUGUCAGUAUCAUUUGGCUUGCAUUUCUUGAUCCUGUACGUGCCUUUCCUUGCUCAAAUAUUUGGCAUUGUACCUCUAAGCCUAAAUGAGUGGUUGUUGGUGUUGGCUGUGGCUUUUCCGGUAAUUUUAAUUGAUGAGGUACUCAAGUUUGUGGGUAGAUGUACAAGUGGGGUUAAAACAUCAAGUGCAAGAAGAUCUACAAAGCAAAAGGCAGAGUAAGGAUAAAAUCACCGAUUUUAGCUGAGACUUUAUGCAUAGCUUAUUUAUAUAUUCAGGGGUUCUGGACUAGUAGAACCACUUUGGCUCUCAACACUCUUGGUUAGACAUAUUAGGAUUUCAGGUAUAGUGUUUGAUAGGAUGUCAGCUACUUUUGUUUUCCUAUCCAGUGUUUGCCUGAAAAUUGUGGGGAAAACUCAUUACAUUAGAGGGAAAGGGAGCAAUUUUAGAGAAAACUUUCUAAAUUAAUUUGCUCCCUUGUAGUGUUACCUGAAAUUUAGGAAUAUGAAAUAAAACUACAGCCCUAGUCUCAUCAUAACCAGUAAUUCAAUUCGAGUCUCUAGCUUAUGUUUUAACACCAGAGAUAGUCAUUGAUCUCUCUAUAUUGAACUUCUGUCAAUUCUUUGUUUAUUAGUUGCCUUUUGGCACUUAAUAAUAUUAUUACAUGAAUUCUGCUUUC